AUGUUCGACGUGUCCAUGGAGGUUCUAUAUGCAACGCCAGCUUUUUGCGCAUGUCUUGGUUGCUUAUCACUGCCUGCCGUAUCAAGAUACAAUAUAUAUUUUCGAUUCUUCGCUAGUCGACUUCAUACUGUUUGCAGUAGCUUUACGGGUAUCACUUCGAGAUCCAUCAGCCUGGUAGUGUUUUCGGUUCGAGUCAUUUCAGUAGGACAAUUCUUCCAGCACGGGCAGUUAUCCACAUUCGCUUUACCUUCUAUACCAGUGAGGGUUUUGGUUGAUUCAGAGAUUUCUCGCCCAGAAUUGCAGAUUAUCGCUGGCAUCAGCCAAGGAUUUGCAGCAGUCGGAAACAUCAUCAUCUUUAUUAUGAUGCCUGAGGGUGUGCUUGAAAACCUUGCGGUGUUGUUUGUCGGCCGUGGCCUGGGGCUCACCAUCAUUCAGCUGGUGUAUCUAUGUACAUUUGUUGCUUCACCGGGAAAACCAUACUGGAUAGCAGUCCAGAUGGUUACACCCAGGAACACCGUGUUCCUAUUUUUUCUCAGCUUGAACACUCGAGAAGUCAAACACGGUGUCGGUCUCAACGAGGAAGACACCUUGUCUGGUCAACACAAUUCCCAAAACGAUGUACCAGGCACGCUCCGCUUCCGCGAUAGAAAGGCAACACAAGAGUCAUUAAGCUUUUCGCAGCAGGGGGAGAACAGCAGGGGUAGCGAAAUCGAGGAAGCAAGCAAAUCUUAUGCAGGUGACCAGAAAUCGGACUCAGACAUUCCCUCAGCGAUGCAGAUGUUCAUACGGUGUUGUCAAUCCUGGGCAAAGUUCAACCACGUGCUUGCGACCACGGUCACCAACGACAGGUCUCUCAACAAGUACUAUGUGCUUUGCGACGACGCUCAAGAUACAAUGACAGAGAGCCAGUUCCGCUGGCUCGACACGCCAUUUUCUGUCUUUGCGGUUCUUUGCGGUUCAAUAGCCGCGUCUACCGUGACAUUGGAGACCUCUUGUAAGGCCAAGGUUGCUCGCACGGCUAUCGGUGUUCUCACUACUGAGAACCAAAAGACUUGGUCUUCCCUUCGACAAGAACUCGCCCAGGACAAGACCAAUGCAGCUUGCUUGCGCCUGGUCGACGAUGCAUUGUUUGUGGUCUGCCUGGAUGAUGCAGCUCCAGGCCGCGAUGGCAUCGGCGCGCUCGCUCGAAACGGUGAAAAGGGAAAAGACCUUGCUGCUCUGUGCAAUGGUGCCGCCGGUAUCAGUUUUGAACAUACCGGCGUUGACGGCCACACGGUUCUGAGAUUUUCCGCAGAUGUCUUCACUGAAGGCCUAAUGCUGCUUGCGCGCUCAAUUAAUCCCUCCACACCCACGCUAUUCCAUGCACCCCUUUCACCACACAGCAAAUCAUACAGGCCUCCCAAGUCGAUACCCAACGGCAACAACGGCAAAUCAUUGAUACCCUCUCAAAGUUUCUCAUAUGAUACCUCGCCUGCCAAACUCAUGUGGACCUUGACUCCCUCAAUUCGAGUCGGCAUUCGAUAUGCUGAGACGCGGCUGAGUGACCUUAAAGGAUAUUUGCUAGAGGUUCAGAGGAUCUUAAUCCAGCUCCAUCGCUCCGCAAAUGAACGCCUUGCCCCAUUUUUGAUCAUGCUGGCAUCCUCCGUGACUCCAAGACUGGUCGGCCGAUUAGUAACGGCCACGGUUACGGAUCAGACGAAUUGGGGAGUGACUACGAGGACACCAUGCCUCGCCUUUCCUCACUUUUCCCCCGAUCUCGACUCACCACCGACGAAGAAGCCAAACCGCAUCCCACAACACCUUUGA